AUCACCAGAGUUUGCCAAGAAAAGAUUGCUAGAAUCUCUGCAUGUGUGACCACAGACAGUGAGCCAGGCCUGAAAAAAUCAUUAAACCAUCCCAUACUGUCGUCCACGCCACCUAUAUAACAAUCUUCAAGAAUCGGCACCAUAGAAACCUAACACAGCAAACAAGUUUGCGAGACAGUGAAGAUUUACCCUUGGUUAGAACUUAGAAUCUUGUCUAGAAAAUGAGCUGGUGGUGGGCAGGAGCUCUUGGAGCUGCCAGGAAGCAAUCUGAAAAUGGAGACACAUCACGAGGACACCAGAGCGUGGCUUUAGUGGUAGGAGUAACUGGCAUUGUUGGCAACAGCUUGGCUGAAAUCCUACCACUCUCCGACACGCCUGGUGGUCCAUGGAAAGUCUACGGAGUGGCCCGUCGUCCACGGCCAAACUGGAACCUAGACCACCCAGUUGAAUACAUUCAAUGUGACAUCUCUGACACGGCCGAAACUCAAGCAAAACUCUCCCAGCUAACUGAUGUUACUCACAUUUUUUAUGUCACAUGGGCCCUCCGAUUCACGGAGGCUGAGAACAUCCAAGCUAAUAACCUCAUGUUCCGCAAUGUCCUUCAGGCUGUUAUCCCCAACGCCCCCAAUCUCAAACAUGUUUGCCUCCAAACUGGUCUCAAACACUAUGUUGGUCCGUUCGAGUUGGUAGGUAAGAUAGAACCACAUGACACUCCUUACACGGAAGAUCUGCCCAGAUUAAACGCACCCAACUUUUACUACGAUUUAGAAGAUAUUUUAGCUGAGGAAGUGGCAACGAAAGAGGGAGUGACUUGGUCUGUGCACAGGCCGCAUACAAUUUUUGGGUUUUCUCCAUAUAGUUUGAUGAACAUGAUGGGCACUCUCUCUGUUUACGCGGCUAUAUGUAAACAUGAAGGGAUGCCUUUACUAUUCCCCGGGACUGAAUCUGUUUGGAAUGCUUAUUCCAUCGCCUCUGAUGCAGAUCUGAUUGCUGAGCAGGAAAUUUGGGCAGCUGUGGAUCCUAAUGCACAAAAUGAAGCGUUUAACAUCCACAAUGGAGAUGUUUUUAAGUGGAAGCAUUUGUGGAAGGUUUUGGCCGAACAGUUUGGGAUAGAAAAAUAUGGGUUGCCUGAGAGUGGGAAGAAAGUGAGCUUGACGGAGUUGAUGAAGGAUAAAGGAGCAGUGUGGGAGAAAAUUGUGAAGGAUAAUCAGCUGUUGCCUAACAAGUUGGAGGAGGUCGGGGUGUGGUGGUUCGCCGAUUUUGUGUUGGGUGCAGAGUCCAUUAUUUCGUGUAUGAAUAAGAGCAAGGAGCAUGGGUUUCUAGGGUUUAGAAAUUCCAAGAAUUCCUUGAUUUCGUGGGUGGAUAAAUUGAAGGCUCACAAGAUCGUGCCUUGAGUUUAGUGGAUUUAGGUUGCUGGUCUUUUUGCUGCUGUCAUGUUGUUUUAAAAAAUAAUUUGGAAGAUUGGUGGAUUUUCUUAUUGUUGAUGAUUUCUAUUAAAGCAUAUCUGAAUUCUGAAGAAAAAAUGUUUUUGCUAGAGGUCUCUCUCUUUGUUCUUAAUUUUAUAAGAAAAAACUCCGACUGGGCUGGAAUUAAUAUUA